CUUUUUUUGAAUCCAAAGGGGGCGCGAGGAUGAAUAAAUCGAGUCCCUAUAGGCGCCCUGAAUUUAUACAUUUUGCGAGAAUUGCACUAAUAAGUACACACUUUAACCGGCAACCGAGACAACUAUUUGGUCGCCCGCCGAAAGCACGCACACUCACCGGCCGCUCCACUCAAUCGCCAGCUCUCUUUGAACUUGAUUUUCUCGGCGACGGCCGUUAGAUCUCAGAAUCGCAUCGGAGCUGAAGGCUUUCCCCUCAACAGUGGACAAAUGCUACACGAAUUGCUGCUGGCGCUCGUAGGUUACACCGGAGAUCUCAUCGUCGACGAGAGGGAACACCAACAAACUCUCCGGGUUAACUUAUCCCCGGACGCGCCCCUCGCCGAUGAGCCGACUUUCAGGCUCGCGUCAGAUAUUUCCUUCAUUCAGCCCAGCGAGAGGGAAGUUAUCGAGAGAGUGAUUACGCUAGGUUUUUACUAUAGGGAGCUAGAACGAUUUGCUGCUAAAUCUAGGAAUUUAAGUUGGAUUCGUUCUUCGAAUGAGUCACCCUUGUUGAGAGCCACAGAAAUUUCAAAAGGAAAGAAAGUUAAGCCAAGUGUAUAUAGGAGGGCACUGGCAAAUGGCAUUGUUGAGGUGUUGUCUGUCUACAGAUCUGCUGUUUUGCAAAUUGAGCAGAAAUUGUUGUCUGAUUCCCUGCCCAUCCUGGCAACUGUGACACAAGGGCUCAAUAAGUUCUUCAUCUUGCUGCCACCUCUUUAUGAGCUCAUUUUGGAGAUUGAGCGUGAUAAUGUAUAUGGAGGGAGACUUCUCAACCUUUUACAAAAACGAUGCCAUUGUGGGGUUCCUGAACUACAAACAUGCAUUCAGCGGCUUCUAUGGCAUGGACAUCAGGUCAUGUACAAUCAACUCACAUCAUGGGUGGUUUAUGGGAUCCUUCAUGACCAGUAUGGAGAAUUCUUUGUUACAAGGUGCAGGUUUACUGGGCAAGAGGAUAGGGAUUCUGAAGAUGACCCAGAGGCAGAUACACUUAACAAAUUGGCUCGCAUGUCAACCAAUGAUGUAUCUCUAACUGAUUGGCAUCUGGGUUUCCACAUUUCUCUGGAUAUGCUUCCAGAGUAUGUUCCAAUGCAUGUAGCUGAAUCUAUUCUAUUUGCUGGAAAAGCUAUCCGAGUUCUCCGGAAUCCAAGUCUUGCUCCAUCUCAUCAACACAUACAGAAAGGGUCCCAAAGGUCUCAAGUAUCUACGGGAAGGCUGUCCAUGUUGAAGGACUCUUCUAUACAAACUAUAUUGACUGGAGAAGAAUUACUUCCACAAUCUGAGGCUGACAAAAUUGAAUCUAUGCUUCAAGACUUGAAGGAAGCAUCCGAGUUCCAUAAGCGCUCAUUUGAGAUGGCGGUUGACUCAAUCAUGGCGAUUGCAGCGAAUCAUCUUUGGCAGCUUGUUGUUGUGCGUGCCGACUUGAAUGGCCACUUGAAAGCUCUUAAAGAUUAUUUCCUUUUAGCAAAAGGUGAUUUUUUCCAGAGUUUUCUUGAGGAGAGUCGUGUGCUCAUGCGGUUACCACCUCGUCAAUCAACUGCUGAAGCUGAUCUGAUGGUUCCCUUUCAACUGAAAUCCACUUGGCAAUUUCUGCCCACAUCUGAAAGAAACUCCAUUUUUGGGGCCAAUCUGGGCCCAACCCCCACUCCACAACCCCCACUCCCUCUUGCACUUCUAGUCGCAUAUCUUCUGCACUUCACUAAACUCGAAAAAUUUUAUCCCGAGCAGGCUGCAUUAAAGACUAUUGGCGAAGAGGAUAAAUACUUCUCCAGAGUGUCUUUGCGAAUGCCUGGAAUCACAUUGAGAUCCUCCCAUGUUGAGUUGCCAAAAUCAAAAGCAUAUUCUGAUGGUGAUUCGGGAGCACAAGCAGAUACUUCUAUGGAGAUGUCAGUGGAUGGCUGGGAUGGUAUUGCUCUUGAAUACUCUGUUGAUUGGCCAUUGCACUUGUUCUUUACACAGGAAGUGCUCUCUAAGUACCUUAGGAUCUUUCAGUACUUGCUCCGUCUAAAGCGCACUCAGAUGGAAUUGGAAAAGUCGUGGGCUUCUGCAAUGCAUCAAGAUCAUUCUGAUUUUGCCAAACGUCACAAUAAAAGCCGUAAAAGUUUAACAUCUCAACAGAAACGGCAACGCUUUAGACCAAUGUGGCGUGUUAGAGAACAUAUGGCUUUCCUGAUCAGAAAUCUCCAAUUCUAUAUUCAGGUGGAUGUAAUAGAAUCUCAAUGGAAUGUAUUGCAAUCUCAUAUUCAAAAUUCUCGGGAUUUCACAGAACUGGUGGGCUUCCACCAAGAGUACUUAUCUGCACUGAUUUCACAAUCUUUCUUGGAUAUUGGUUCCGUCUCACGCAUUUUGGAUGGCAUUAUAAAGCUUUGUUGGCAAUUUUGCUGGAAGGAAUUUAAUAAGAAGUCAAAUUCAUUAUACACGAUUCUCCGAAGCAGCAGGAUAGCUGGGAGUCAGCGCGCCCCUUUUCUCAGGCGGUUCCUUCUACGACUCAACUUCAAUUCAUUCUUUGAGAAAUCCAAGCAAACCAACAAAGCUUAUCAUCUAUCAUCAUCUUCCUCACCAACAAUGGAGACCCUACCAAACCCCUCUGAAACCUCCGACGAAAUCCAGCCGGAACAACAACAAGAAUCCCUGAACCAGAACCCCCCUUCUCUCCUCCCCGCCGCCUCCAUAUCACUCUCUCUCUCCACCCUCCUCCCCUCCCACUUCCUCCCUCCCAAGCGGCUCCCAAUCCCGCCGAACAAGGUCAAAAUCCCAUCCCAGAUCUCCUCUAUCUCCCGCUGCUCCCUCUCCUCCGCCCUCCGCCCGGCGAGGCUCCUCCUCACCCUCAAGCCCACCGCCGCGUCGCCCAGCCUCCUGCAGACCCCACUCCCGCUCAACCCCCUCCGCCCCUCCAACCCCUCCGGCGCCGGCCCCUUCCGCCGCGCCGCCGUCGUCUGGUUCCGCAACGACCUCCGCGUCCACGACAACGAGUGCCUCUCCGCCGCCAACGACGACUCACUCUCCGUCCUCCCCGUCUACUGCUUCGACCCGCGUGACUACGGCAAGUCCUCGUCCGGGUUCGACAAGACCGGGCCCUACCGGGCCACGUUCCUGAUCGAGUCCGUCACAGAUCUGAGGAAGAACCUCCAGGACCGCGGGUCGGAUCUCGUGGUUAGAAUCGGGCGGCCCGAAAGCGUCCUGCUGGAGGUGGUUAAGGCAGUCGGGGCUGAGGCUGUUUACAUGCACAGGGAGGUCUCGCACGAGGAGGUGAAGGCAGAGGAGAAGAUUGAGGAGGUCAUGAAGGAUGAGGGGGUCGAGGUGAAGUACUUCUGGGGAAGCACAUUGUACCACAUGGAGGAUUUGCCGUUUGAAUUAGCAGAUAUGCCGACCAAUUAUGGCGGGUUUAAGGAGAAGGUGAAGAGUUUGGAGGUUCGGAAGACGAUCGAGGCUUUGGAUAAAUUGAAAGGUUUACCAAAGAAAGGGGAUAUCGAGCCCGGAGAAAUUCCGUCGUUGGUCGAUUUGGGGCUUAAUCCGAACGCCACAAUGGGGCAGGUAAAGAAUAUUGUGACUUUCUUUAGCAUACAGCCUACAGGAGAAGUUCGAAUAUACAAUGUCUUUAGUGUAAAACUAAAAUCAAUGUGGCCUGAAUUUACUUAUGUAGGUAAAGUGCUCCCUGAUGAGUUCUGUAAUUGCAGUGUUGCUAAAUGCAGAAUUUCAUUCAUAUUGGCUUUGCUUAUGAACGGCAAAACAGCUGCUAAUGCAUCUCUUGUGGGUGGAGAGACUGAAGCCUUGCAGAGGCUAAGAAAUUUUGCUGCUGAAUGCAAGGCCAAACCAAACAAUGGUUUCAAAGAUGGAGCCAAAGAUAGCAUUUAUGGUGCAAACUUUUCUUGCAAAAUAUCGCCAUGGCUUGCCAUGGGAUGCCUUUCUCCUCGCUCCAUGUUUGACGAGAUCAAGAAGUCAGCUUCAAGCAUGAUAUCUGGUGCUUCUAAUAAGAAAAAUGAUGCAGCCAGCUCAAAUGAUACCGGGAUGAACUGGUUAAUGUAUGAGCUGUUGUGGAGGGAUUUUUUCAGAUUCAUCACAAGGAAAUACAGUUCGGCCAAACAACAUAAUCACGCACCAGUGACAGCUUGUACAGGUGCCGCUGCCUGAUUGACCGAAAGUAUAUGAAAAGUGUAACUUGGAAGUUUCCAAGUAUGGAGGAUUCUCCUUGUACCUUUUCAAUUAAUCUGAUUAUCUUUUUGUUGUUGGGAAUGAGGAAAUUAAUUAAAAAAAAAAAGUCAUCAGUGACUCGAAGAAAAGAAGAACGUGAUUGCAUUCCCAGUUAGUUUAGGAUUUCAGGCCGAAUGCCAAUUUGUUGUUCAUGAAAUGUGGCAUUUUGUAUGUUUUUAGCAAAUUGAGACCUGACAUGGGUUAAUAUGCUCAUCAGAUGAUGUGACAUUAUCUUCCUGUUCAUUUCUUGUUCCAUUUCCCCUUUGUGGUUGUUGAGAAAUGGUCAAUGCUAGGGUUUCAUGUUAUUGCUGAGUUUACCCUAGUAAUUUUGUGCGUGUUCGACUCAUAAAUUUGUUCCUUUUAUAUCUUGGAAAUAAG